AGCGCUGCGCGCGUUGUAAAGUACAACUGCACCGUUUUUAUCGUUGAGGUGCACGUUCACGCUGAUGUUGGUGCCACGUUGGUCGGACAGUUGUUUCGGUUGAAAUCGAUACGAACAAACCCGUAUCACCUUGAUUACAGUCUUCGGGGUGUAAGGAGGAUGCAGGGAGGCAACAGAGAACCAGCCGCAGGACCAGAGACUUCCCAGUCCGAGGGCGGCCCCAGUGAAGAUGACAUGGCAGAGGGGGACCUGGGGGACGGGAUGGGCAACAGACCAGACUCCACUAUCAGAAAGAAGCUCCAGAGCCGGAGAGGUAGCAGGGGGCAUGCUGAGGAGCUGCUGCCCAGGACGGGGCUCCUGAAAAGGGGCAGCGAGGGAGGGGAGGCAGCCUUCAUCUGGACGUCCUGCAGUGGGCUGUACACAGUGUUCAGACAGGAGCUGGAGGUGGAGCAGACGUCACCGCAAUGGAGGGUCAGGGGGACAGAAUCCCUGAGCGAUCUGUCCACUGAGGAGCUGCGAGAGAGGCUACAGGAAGUGACCGAGGAGGCAGAGCUACUGCGCUGUGAGUUGGAGGUCACCAGUCGUCACCUGGAGGGAAAACACGAAGCACUGAAGAUCCUACAGAGUCAGAGUAUUCUAGACAGGGCGACCUCUCACACUAAGAUUCUACUCCAGAAGAGUGAGGAGAGGACCAAGGCUCUGGAAAAGGAAGUGAAUGGCCUGCAGUGGGAGAUCACAUAUAACCAGAUGCACUUCAAGAACUUUGAGCAGUCCUGGGAGCAGAAAUAUGUCAGAGUUUGCAGUGAGAAUAAGGCCCUGAGUGACAGCCUGGGAGACAGGAGGAGAGAGGUACAGGAGCUGAGGACAGAGAACACAGCUGUGAGUCAGCAGUGUUUGGAACUCCUAGCCAUGCUGAAUGUCCGGGAACAGAGAGCCUUCCAGGGGACCAAGCCUUCAUGCACCCAGGGGAGAGAGGAGGACCAGGGGACCAAGCCUUCAUGCACCCAAGGGAGAGAGGAGGACCAGGGGACUGUUCUGGAGUUGGCUGUGUUGGGUGCGUGCCAGUGUCCAAAUGUAAGGGAGGCCUGCCCCUGUGCCAGGAGUGCUGCUGCCAGCCGAAAACAGGUUCUCCAGCUCAGACAAGAGCUGGAGGGCCAUGGCAGGAGGAUGGAGGAGGCGUUGCUCAUGGCGGACGCAUUUCGGAUCGCCUUCGAACAGCAGCUCAGGAGGCGCAGCGAUCACUUCCUGAUUCUGGCCGAGACAGACAGGAACAAGUCCCGCCCACUAAGGCCAGAAGGCAAGGAUAAGACAGCAUCUCUCAGUGUGGCUCAGAGACUAAGAGGACUGCUGCCGUCCAGCACAGAGAUCACAGACGACCCCACAGAGACUCUGCACAAACUCCUCGACCUGCUGAGUGAUAAGGAAGAAGCUCUUGCUCACCAGAGGAAGGUUAGCUUCAUGCUAGCCCGCAACACAGAGGAACUAGAGAGACGGUUGAAGACAGACAAUAUGCUGCAGACACAGGUCACAUCACCACCACACUGUUCUUCAGAGACAGACACAUGCAAGUCCAACCAUGCAGGCACAAGCGUCUGCAGUUCCAACCAUGUCCAGGAGAGGGCAGGAGCGGACCAGUGUCGUGGUGGGGCGUUAUCAUCAGAAUCAGACACCACAGACCUCCAGCCCUCCGAGAUCCAAGAGGCUGAGACGGAAGCAUCCAACCUCCAGAUACAGGGCCUUUCUCUGGGGCAGUCACCCAUGGAGAGAGGGGGAAGAGAGGACCAUCUGGUCACCCUACUAUGAGUUGUUUGUCAUCACAAAGUGAUCCUACCUGGCCUUCUUGCUGCGGUGCCGUGCUUGAAGUGGAAUGAAACGUGUGCCAGCACUCAUUUUGGGUGCCGAUACUCAUGAUAUUUAAGUGAAAGGUAUUCAUUAUAUAUUAGAGGUAAUGUUCUGUAAGAGGUGCCGGUACUCUAGGACAAAAUUAGAUGUGCCUGCACUCCGUACCGAUGUGUACCAGCCCAAUUCAAGCACUGCCGCUGUGCAUCUGACUGAUCUUGGAACAAAUCUGGUCCUGUAUAAGUCUGGUUUUACGUCAAUAUAUCGGCCUCUGUGUAGCCAUUGUGAUUGCAUUUUAUAUGAAUAAUUCUUAGCACAUUACAAUUGAUAGAAAGUGACUGAAUGCUUUGCAUUUUGCUAAACCUCUUGCUCUGAAUAUUUCCUGAGCUCUGAUAACAUGUUUUUAUGUAUCCACUUAUAAAAUGUUAUGGUCAAAAUAUUGAAGUGGAAUUGUUUAGAGUUAUGUUGCUGUGUGUAGAAUGUCCCUGAUUACACAAUUACACAUAUAGCCUCUCCCUCCUUUCAAGCCACAGGGCGCGUUUAAGCUGUAAGGCGAAAUCAACCGGCUGUCGACGAAAGUCGAGCAGUGAAGUCGGGGAGGUGUAUCUGCGAUAGCCGAAAGUCACAAUUUAAACACAAUGCAUCACGGAUUUGAUGCUCUCAUACAUGACCCUUGACCUCUAACUGCAGUCAACUAAAUUAUCCUUGAUCUCAUGAUUUCUGUAAAGUUCAUGCAGUCGGACCAUUUUUAUCCCCAAUAAUGCAACACACUUUGAAAGUGACAUGACAAAAUUGACCCACUCGAACGAGCCCUAUGACUGUUCAAACUCAUAAAAGCAGGAUUCUUAGUUAUCAAAUCCCACAAUCCAAUGCAACCAAAACACGGACAGCUGAUUGGGGAGAUUCCUAGAUGUGAGAAGUGUGCAGGAGGGCAUGAGACAAAGGAUUGUGUAGUAUCUGUGGUGAAAGCUGUGUGUGUAUAAACUGUAGGGGUAACCAUGGUGCUGGAGAUCAGCAGUAUCUGGGGAGAGAAAGGUCAAAUGUAUCAGAGACAUAUUUCCCACAGAUCACACAAAUCAAACACUGAUAACCUCCCAUAUCUGUUAGGUGAAAAACCAGUGUGCAGUCACAGCAGCAAGAUUUGUUGUCCCGUUGCCAUGACAAAAAGGCAACCAGCAGAGCUCAAACAACUUUUUUUUUUUUACCUUUAUUUAACUAGGCAAGUCAGUUAAGAACAAAUUCUUAUUUUCAAUGACGGCCUAGGAACAGUGGGUUAACUGCCUGUUCAGGGGCAGAACAACAGAUUU